UUACGUGGGCGUCACACGGUAUCAGUGAAUUGUUGCUGGCAUUUUUCCGGUUUUCAGAUCCGAAUCUCAGUGAAAGCAUUUGCAAGAAGCAGCAUUGCUCAGAUUACUCUGCUGAUUCUGUCCGUGGCAAAGAGGCUUUUGGUGAAGUCCCUAAAAAAUCUGCGAGUGCUCGAGUUCUCCCAGAUUUUGGGUAAGAUAUAUAUAGGUUGAGAUCGGAAGAAAAUUCAUCAUGUUCAGAUUAUCACCUCGUAGGAACCUGAGAUCCAAAGGAUUUAAGGUGAAGCAUGCUCUCCAGAUAUGCCUUUUGAUUGGUGUUUGCAUCUGGCUGCUUUACCAAGUCAGGCACUCUCACGAAAAGAGAGCAUCAUUUGGUGAGGGAACAAAAACUGAGGAUGACAUCUUAAAGAUGGGGAGAAAAGACCUUCGCCCUCAAGUGGAAGAGACUACCAUUAGAGAUGCAAGGCACAAGGAAGUGGAAGACGAGGAAGAAAUCAAGAUUGAAGAAGAACAAAAUAAGCCUGAAGAAAGUGAUAAUGCAGGGAAAGGUGGUGGGAAUGACGAGAUAGAUGAACAUGAUAAGGCUAAAGUCGAAGAGGAUGCAGAUCAUAGAUGGGAUUCGGUAGACGGAGAAAAAGAGAAGGAAGAGAAGCAGGAAAAUGUUGGUGAAGAGAACGGAAGAGACAAGGAGUUUGAAGAGAGCAAAGAGAAGGAAAAUGAAGAGAGCAAGGAGAAGGAAGGAGAAGAGAAGGAGAACAAAGAGAGAAAUGAGAAUGAGAAGGAAAGAGAAGUAAAAGAGUUCGAAGAGAGCAAAGAGACGGAGAAUGAGCAGAGCAAUGAUAAGGAAAGAGAAGAAAAGGAUUUUGAAGAGAGGAAAGAUAAAGAAGGUGAAAACAAGGAGAAUGAAGAGAGCAGAGAGAAGGAAAGUGAAGAGAAGGAGAAUGAAGAGAGCAGAAAGAAGCGAAGUGAAGAUAAAGAGAAUGAAGAGAUUAAAGAAAACAGAGGUGGAGAGAACGGAAGUGUAGAGGAGAGUCAAGGGGGCAACAAUAAAGAGGAGAGGGAAGAGAGCAAUGAGAGGUAUAACAGAGAGAAAGAAGGUAAGACAGAGGAGUUCGGCUCAUCUGCAGAUCAGGUUCAGGAUGGAAGUGACGGGAAUAAUGCGGCAAGAGAAGAACAGUACAAGGGGGAUGAUGCUUCUAGCGCUGUAGUACAUGAAAAUCAAAAUGUAAAAGCUGGAAAUGAGCAAGGCAGUUGGGAAAAUUCUAAGGAUGCAGAACAGGUUGAAAACAAAGAAAAGAAUGAUUUUGAGCAGGAGAAUAAAACAAAUAUCACCGAAGUAGUUGAUGCCAAUCACAGUGAGUCAGACACAAGUGUGAGAGAAACUGAAAAUUUUGAGAAGAAUGACUCAACAAAUGCAACUAGCAGUGAAGCUGGUGGUAGUGAGAGCAAUCAGCCAGAGUCUAAGAAUGUUCCCAAUUCUAGUUUAGAUAAUACGUUUUCUAAUGGAGAUAACUCUACCCUGCAAAAUGUUGUGCUACAACAAACUGAUAAAUCUGCACCAGCUGCCAACAAUGAGCAACAAGAUUCAAGUGGAACACCUUACACUAGAAUGGAAAACAGUGAUGCAGCUAAUGGAGAAUCGAGAGAUACUUCUAACGGUGAUUCUGGAGCAGAGGGGUCAGAAAAAAUUGUUCUACCAUCAAGCACAAAUGACAAUGCAGACAAGGGUCAUGAGGAACAAAUUGAUUCUUCUGAUUCUUCGUCCCAAAAAGUGAAGGACGUAUCCCUAAACACAGAUAACAAUGCCAACACCGGCCACAAUGAGAAUGACAAUGCUGAUCAGAAUAACACAAAUGACAACACGGAUGCAGGCCAAAAAGAACCAGAUAAUUCGUCUGAUUCUUCAGUCCCCCAAGAGAAAGACACAUCCUCAAAGACAGAUACCAAUUCUGAUGCGGGCAAGACUGAAACUGAGAAUGUUGUUCAGGACAACAGAAAUGACAAUGAAGAUGCAGGCCAAAAAGAACCAGUUGAUUCCCGGGAAGAGAAAGAGGCAUCCUCAGCCACAUAUAGCGACCACAAUGCCAGCCAGAACGAUCAAGUUGAUUCUUCAGUUUCUUCAAUCACUCAAGAAGAGAAAGAGGCUCGUACAGAUUUGGAAACUUUGCCGGAGACCAGAACUGAAGGGAAUAACAACGAUGAUACGGCAUCAGAGUGACAUUUCUGUGGAAUUGGUUGUACUGAUCUUUACACGAUCAUCCAUAUAAUUUUUAUAAUUAUUCUUUCUAUCUUAGGUCAUCGAGCUUGUAUGUGAUUUGCUUUUUGUGCUCAGUGUAAUACAAUAUAUAUAUAUAAGCUUUGUGGUACAAGUUAAAAAGACCAACUUUGGUUUUUUACA